ACUUGACUUUCACGGACAAUUAUCGUAUUCGGGUUGCCUUGAAACCAUGGCGUAUUUUCUAAAAUCUCACAAAUCAAAACUCAAAGUAACAGUGCUGAUUUUAAUUAUGAUCACAAUGGCUGUCAUGUACGAAGGUGACACUAUCCAUCGGCCAGCCAUUUUGAGAAAAGUGUCACAAUGGUCCAGCCGUGCUGGGUUUGGACAAUACUGGGCUCUGGACGAAACUACUACAAGUACAAGCACUAGCAUUGAACCGUCAUCAUCUACAGCCCCACCAUUGAUCCUGCGAAGGAAUUUUCAGAAACAUUACAACUUCGGAGAGCUCCACGAGGACAGAAGGAGGACUCUGGAACAUGUCUGUGACAGAAGUACACACGGCUAUUACGGGAAGUCAAAAGGAUCUAUCGUGGCGAAAAGCCUGGUGAUCGACCAGAAGCACCAUCUCGUCUAUUGUCCGGUUCAAAAAACUGGAUCAACAUUUUUACAAAGUCUUAUGCGCCGUGUUGAUAGAGAUGGAGUGAAAAAUGUCGACACCCGAUCGAUGAUGUCUAAUAAGGAAAAGGAUACAGACUUAACAGAAUUCCAUUAUAUGCUUUCCAGCUCGUUUAAGAUGAUGUUUACUCGUGAGCCAUAUAGUAGGCUGUUUUCCGGAUAUGUCGAUAAACUCUUCACUGUAAAUACAUUGUACUGGAAGGAUACAGGUACGUACAUUAAAAACAACAUUUUGAAACCUGAAAGUAAACGCCCGACUAAGUGUGGACAUGGUAUAACGUUUCCUCAAUUUAUAAAAUACGUCAUCGAAUCGGAGAGAACAGGAGUACACACCGAUAGGCACUUCACGCCAAUCUACGAGCACUGUCGACCGUGUCAGAUACCUUACGACUUUAUAGGGAAGAUGGAAACAUUUGCGAACGAUUCCCUUAUUCUGCUGAACGCUUGGAACAAAAGAUACGGUAUAAAUAUAACAUAUGAUGAUUUUGAGGUUGACACAGCUUUACAGCGGGCAAUAUCACAUACCGGCCGUCUAUACAGCAUGCGAAAAGAUAUGGAACAGUGCAUUUCAUUUCAUAGCGGCAUGCAGAAAAUAUGGAUGACUCUUCAAAUUCGAGGAAUUUUAUCAAAACAAUCUAGAUUACCGUUUACAGAGUCAGAAGCUGCAGGUGUAAAUAGAACACAACUUACGGACGCUUGGACAAAAGCUUUCAAAAGUGAAACCGACCGAGCAGCGACCCGUAAGCAGAAAAUGGAGGCUCUGGUAGAGGCAUACCGACAGGUUCCCAUGGAAGACCUGGUAAAACUCCGAGAAGUGGUACGGCCUGACUGUGAACUGUUCGGCUACAACGUUUCGCCGGAUUACAUCUUUAACCGUAGCGAUUCAUCUUACGCUUCGAGUUCCUUUAGAUAUUUCGAUAUCGACGUCUGAUUCCUGUGAAUGUUGGGUUAUUUGUGAAUCAUGUGUAUUAUGAAUUGUUUCUUUAACAUUCUUUUUGAACUUCCGGGAAAAGAUAUUUUCGUUUUCUUUAUUCAUGAUUUGGAUUAUUUCAUAUGAAUGAUUGUGAUACGAUGACGCAGACUUGGUGAUAGAGAUGACCUUAUAUUUGCCUACAGUAGAACAGGAACCAUUAACGUGAUUCUCUCAACGUGAUUUUCACCAACAACGUCGAUGUGUUCAUAUACAAUAUUUCACUAUUGCAAUUAUGAUUUAAACACAAUACAAGAGAGAUCCAUUUACAGACAUUUAGCCCUUUGGUGACUAUGUACGAGUGAUUAAUAUUUACUACAAGUCGUAAGACACAACAGUAUCAAACUAAGUACAUUAGACAGUCACUUUUUGAUAAAUAAAAGCACCUCAUCAGCAACGUAAGGGACCAUCAUAUUAGAGUUUUUAAUCGUGCCAAUAAAUGUAAUGCAUAUGUGAAAUGUGAAGAAGCGUAAGAUAAGGAUCGUUGCUGAACCCGUGUCAGAAGAUAAUUUAAGAAAAAAAGAAACUGUGUAAAUAGUUAUUUCAAUCAGUUUCCAGGUUGAUGCAUUUAACAGUAAAGCAGAAUACGAUUCGUGUUAACCCUCGUGCAGUAAUAUUGCUGAAGUAUGCAGUCAUUUUUGUGUGAUAAAUGCCGACAUGGAAUCUUCCUAAGCCAUCCUGAAAAUUAAUAUCGUUUUGGUAUACCUGUAAGAUAUACUGCAUUCGGAAAUAAAAAAACUUUAGACUUGAACUUGUUACUUCAUUAUGCUAUGUUGACUUCUGGGAAUACAAUUGUUGUGACUCAUGGAUAUAACAACAAAGUAUACUGUGUUAACAACAACAAAGUAUCCUGUGUAAAAUUUGUAUAACAGCAAAGUAUAAUGUGUAAACAUUGUAUAACAACAAAGUAUCCUGUGUAAACAUUGUAUAGC